GAUAUUGAAUGAGUGUUAGUUCAAUACUGAAUUUAUUGCACGAGUUGAAUAAAAUAAUAUUAUGUGAGCCUCUGGCGAGCAUAAUAUUAUUUUAUUCAACGAGUGCAAUAAAUUCAGUAUUGAACUUACACGAAUUUAAUAUUCUAUUUAUCACAUACCCAAAAUAAAGACCAUUUAAAGUGAAAUAAGAGUCAUUUUUCAUUGACGCGCCUAUAGUAUAACGCUAACAUUUAGCGCGUCUUUACACUAUGUUUGUAUUACGCUAAUGACGUCACGUCAAAAUAUAUGCACGGCCGUGCGAUACCAUACCUAUUUACGGAGUCGCAAAAUCGGCACGGGUGUGUGAUAAUGUAUAAUAAUGCACGUUUUUCGUUCAAAUGCUUUGUAAUUGAUCACUCAGGCCUAUCGGCCUUCGUGAUUAUAUAACUACGCAUUUGAACUCAAACUGUGCAUUAUUCUACAACAAUGCACUCAUAAUCUAUUUCCUAAACAAAACACAGUCCGACCUGUCUCACGGUCCGUCCUGUCCGUAAAUUAGUUUUCAGUACGCAUGCGCUAUAAAUUUGGAAAAAUAUCAGUAUGGCGGAAAAAAGUCCUGGGUAAUAUUUUCUCAAAAUUUGAAGAAAUUGCAAUAUUGGUAGUUUAUCAGGAUGGCACAUCAACUUCAGUUAGAGAAGGAAAACUACAGACAGUGGGUAAAGGCUGGUUUAGGACUUGUAUAUUUAAAAGAGGGACUGGUACCAUUUUGUAAUGACAUAGCUGACCAACAACAUAAGGAUAUCUUACAGAACAUUAGGUCUUCAAAAUCAUUACCAUCAACUGCGACAUGUGGCAGCUGUCAAGUUGAUACUCUAAAACCAGACCAUAAGUCAGUAGGGACUGCUGGAAACAAAGUUUGUCCUCUUGGGCAAGUAAGAUGCAGCUGUUGCUUUACUAAGGGCAAAACUGCUUGUCCAAACAAAAUAUGUGGCGCCAUCUAUGACUAUAUUGUGCAACAUCAUGCAUCUUCACCACCUUCACCUAACUGGAAAAACAGCGAUGCUCAAAAGUGGUCGAUAGACCUUUGGAGCAUUUGUCAGUGUUUUAUAAAUGCUCCAGGGUACGAGCAGAAGCAAUCUGCCAGUGAAACUGAUUGUACUGGGUUAUUACAUCUAAUAAUAAAUAACCAGUAUUUUCAUAACCACAUUGCAUGCAAUGUCACAGGAACAAACAACCUGUUUUCAAAGGUGCGUCAGUAUAGGAAUGAUAUUUUUCACUCAAGUAGUAUGGAAUUAAAAGAAAGUGAGGCAAAUUCCUAUAUUGACGAUAUGAUAGGACUUCUACAAGAUGGUAAGGAGCUAUUUCAACGAUCAGAUGCCCAAAUAGCGGUGAAGAAACUUCAGGAUCUGAAGGAGAAAGACUUCAUUAUAACUACUGAAGGGUUUGAAGAAAUUCUGAGACAAAUCAAGGAAGAAAUGGAAAAUGCUCCAACUAAAGAGGAAUAUGAGGACCUCAAAACACAGAUGUCAAAACUAAAAGAGGAGAUAAAUAAACUCAAAGAAAAAGAUUCUCCUCAACAAAAACAGCUAGAAUAUGAAAAAGCUAAAUCAGAAUGGCGGAAAAAUCUGAUAGAACAGUAUCACAAAACCCUGCUGCAGGUUCCUACAAUACCUUUACAACCAAAAAGUAAAAAAUAUAGCUUUAAUGAGAUUUAUAUUAGACCCCAAAUUAUUAGGGAAAUGAAAGGAGAAAAUGAAGAGAUAAAGGACAUUGAGGUUAAAACAAUGUCUGAAAUGUUCACAUAUAAUGGAGUCCCCCAAAAAUCUGUGUAUGUUCUAGGAGAUGCAGGGUCAGGAAAAACUAGUUUUUGUAAAUAUCUGGUCAACUGUUGGUGUUUGGCACAUAGUGAGCAACAAGAAGCCCACAAUGCAAAUGAGGACCAUGGGGUCGGAAAUGAAAAACAUGGAGGUGACAAUGAAGAUCAUGAAGGUUAUAAUGAAGAACAUGUUGGUGAUAAUAAAGAACAUGUUGGUGAUAAUAAAGAACAUGAAGGUGAUAAUGAAGAACAUGAAGGUGAUAAUGAAGAACAUGGGGUAGGUAAUGUAAAGGAAGGUGGCAAUGAAAAUGAACCUGGCAAUAAAAAUGAGGAGCAUGAGGGCGGAAAUGAAAAACAUGGAGGCGGUAAUGAAGAACAUGGAGAUGAUAAUAAGAAACAUGAAAAUGACAAAGAAAGUGAAGAUAGCAGUGGGAAAUAUGGAAAUGACAGUAAAAAUGAAGGUGGCAAUGACAAGCACGAAGGUGAUAAUGAAGAGCAUGAAAAACAUGGAGGUGACAAUGAAAAUGAAGGUGGUGAUGAGAAACAUAAAGAACAUGGAAGUGACAUUGUAAAUGAAGAGGUAAAUGAGGAAUAUGGAGGAGAUAUUGAAAAUGAAAAUAAUAUGGUCGAUGAUAAGAAACAUGGAAAUGAUUGUGAUGACAUUCAGGAUGAAAGUGAUGAUGUAGCAAACUCUGAAUUAUACAGUGAUGACUCUGAUGGUGACUUGACAGACUUUGAAUUCGACAGUGAUGACUUGAGAGACUUUAAAUUCGACAAAGAUGACUCUGAUGGUGACUUGACAGACUCUGAAUAUGACAGUGAUGACUCUGAAUAUGACAGCAAAAGUUAUGAACUUAAAUUCAAUGGUGUAAAAGAGAUGAAAAAAUUUGAUUUUUUAUUUUACAUCCCUCUUAGACAGUAUCAAAACAUUGACACUAUUGAUGAAAUGCUUCAAAAACGUUAUCAAAUGAAAAUGUUAAACACACUUCUUGAAGAAGAAUCCUCUAGGGUUAUGAUUUUGCUUGAUGGCUUAGAUGAAUGGUCCUCUGAAAAUGUCCCAGAACAUAGCAUCUUUAAGGAGUACACAAUAGUAACUACUUCGCGACCAUGGAAAUUUCAUAUGUUAAGAUCAAGUGAUGUGGAGAUUGAACAGUCACUGAAACUGAAUGGGUUUGAUUUUAGUUGUGAAAGGGAACUGGUAUAUAGGACAGUCUCAUUUUUAAAUGUAAGAAGUCAUGCUAAUAAAGAAGCUAGAGAUUGUAGGGAAAAGCUCGAAGAAGAGUCUCUGGAAAGUUUUAAACAGGUACCAAUUAUGCUUCAACAACUGAUAUGUCUAUGGUUUGAUGGUAAACUCGAUAAAACCUCAAGAUGUGCCAUCUACACCGGUAUGUUAGAAUUAUUCUUCACCUGGAAUGACAUGAAAACUACAGGAACAAGUACUCGACUCAUGAAGGGUACCCAGAAAGUAAACCUCCCUCAAUAUUUAGCAGAUAAAACCAAAUUAAGUUUAAACAGACAUUUCAUUUAUGAAGUGUCACAGUUGGCUUUUGAGACCCUUUUUAAUUGUCCUAAGAAUAAGUCCUUGACAUUUGACAUUUGUAUGUUUGAUGAACUAGAAAUAUCAGAUGAAGUAAGAGAAAAUUGCUUGAAACUUGGAAUAAUUACAGAAGAUGAAUGUCCAAAUUUAUCUGUAUCUGAACCACCAAGCUCAUUGUUCUCUUUUAUUCACAAAUCAAUGCAAGAAUUUCUGGCUGCAGUGUAUAUUGGUAUCAAUUUCAAUACAAAAAUUGUUUCAUCAGGUAGUACAGGAAAUGUUGAAUUAGCCAAAAAGUUUAUUAAUGAUGUUUUUCAGAAAUGUUCAACAGUAAAUGACAUUUUAGAGCAGUCAAAUGUUGUCAUUAUGCUAUGCGGUCUAGAACCUAGAUUAGCAACACCUAUUUCAAAAUACAUAUAUGGUACUGUGUCAAAAGACUCUUGUGUACAGGAAUACAGGAGAACAUUUAAUAGUGACACUUAUAUGGUUGAUAGUUGUAUUACUGAUAUUCAAAAGCUAAUGUUUGAGGUAAUAGAAGAAUCAAAUGCAACAUGUAGUGUAGGAAGUAAUCCUGUGUUUUAUAUAGGAGAUUUGACCAUUAAUAUAUUCAAUCAGUAUUGUGAUAUGAUUUGUUCAAGUAUUGAUCAGCAUCAAAUCCUUCCUGACUCUGUUCUGUCUAUUAAUGUACAUGUACAUGACAUCAACACAAAAAAUGUUAGAUUUACAAAAUAUUUACCAAUGUUUCAUCAUCUUGAAAAAAUUGCAAUAACAUUAGAAAUUUUUUCAAGUACACAAAGUGAUGGUACACAGAAUAAUGAACAGACAAUUGAUGAGAUAAACAAUUGUCUUUCUGAGACAAUAAAAGUAAAUUCUUUAACAUUAAAAUCUCUGUCUCUUGACACUGACAUAUAUUACCCAGUGUGUAAAACAGUUGUUAGCAACCUACCUAGUAUGGUCAAUCUUGUAGCAAUAAGUAUGAGUUGUAUAAUAAUGAGUCAUGAUGAUACUACUACAUUCUGUAAUUUUCUUGAGGGAACCACUCAUCUUAAACAAAUACAUCUUGAUAAUGUUUAUUGUGAGUGUAAGAACCAGCAUGAUGUUAAUUUAUCAAAACAUCAACAACUUCAUUACCUUCAUUUGGAAUUUACUGUUAGAGUGAUAGAUGUUGAUGCUACAAACCUUGAAAUAUUUAGAUUUUUUGAGUUGAAAGAUAGUAAUUAUGAGCAAAUAUUUGAUAUAAUUAAAAAAUCUUACAAAUUAAAAGAACUGCUUUUGUUUGGAGAUAAGUUGAGUAAAUCUCAAUUAUAUCAUGCCAAUAUAACAGAGAGACUAGUCAGAGUAUUACCAUUGUUACACAAUCUCAGUAAGCUUGAGUUACAGUGUUGUAGGCUAACUGACAAUAUAAUAGAGUUACCUUCAGAGAUGAAGAGUUUAAAGGACAUUAUGCUUAUUUGUGUAAUAAUGAGUUUGGCAACAUGGCACAAGUUUGUUGAUAGUCUUCCUAGUAUUCCCCAUUCUGUAGAUGUGAGAGUAGGGUUCUGUUAUAUAACAGGAGAUGGUGAGGAGUGUAAUGAUGAUAUGUUAACAUUGAUGACACAAGGACUUACAGGAGGGAAGGGAAAUAAUGCUAUACAGCAUGUAAAAGAUAAGAAUCAGUUAUUUCAUGUUAAACUUUAUGAUGGAAUAUCUUUUAAUUUUUCUACAAAAAUGUGAGAUACAUGUAAUAUACAUGUUAAGCAUGAUGAUUACUUUUGGUUUGAAUUUUCAACAAAAAAGUGAUAAAGUAUACAUGUACAGUACGCUCAGCGCGGCUUUUUCAAAACCCGCGUGACCCCGCGGAUGAGGUUUACCGCGGACGAAAAUGUGCUCAGAUAUUGUCCGCGUGACCCCGCGGACAGAAAAUUUUCACCACCGCGGACAUAAAUCGGCGGCUGAAACCGUUUCCCCCACGGAACGCAGUGGUAAAUUGCGGAGGAACGCGGCGGUCAAACACCGGUCAACGCGGUGGAAACCUUAAAUUUUAAAAAUUAAUUACUGUAUUUAAACAUCAGUAUAACAUCAGUAUACGUACGUACUGUAACAUGUACUGUACAUAUAACUAUAUGUAAAAUUUGUUUGUUUGUUUUCUUUUUUGUUGUAAUAAAAGUACAUGUACAAAUGCAGUGUAUUUCUUGUUCUUCUUCUUGUUAUUGUGUUGGGUAAUGUAUAAUAUGUAUUCGACAUCAAGACAAAUCAUUGUCGUCGCAAUUUCAUGGUAGUGAGAAACUUGAAGUCAAAUAAUGAAAAAUUCGGCAUAUGACAUUUAUGAACAAGCAAUUAUCAUAGUAUUGCAAGCAAUCCAUAAGUCCCCUACCGGUAAGAGCCCAAGCAACAUUCUGAAGGGCCAUUGGCCAUUCACUUAGGUUCCUAUUUUAAGUAAAUUUGUUGAAAAAGUUCUUUAAAAGUGAUCACAGGAAACAGUUUUUAUGUACAGACAGACGGACUGAGGAACACUCUAAAGUUUUUUUU